AUGCGGGGCUGGGCGUGGGCCGCAGCCGUGGCCCUCCUCUGGCCGCAACUCACGUUCCUCCGGGGUGUUGGGGCCCGGCGGGAGCCUAAGCGGCCACGCCAGCCAAACCAGCGCACCAUGCCCCUCAAUGUCACCGUCCCCAACGGCCAGGAGUCGCUUGACUCCCCCAAGUUGCCCCAGGCCUCGGGGCCUGAGUUCUCAGAUGCUCACAUGACAUGGCUAAACUUUGUGCGACGACCAGAUGAUGGAGUUUCGAAGAAACGGUGCCGAACCAGGGACAAGAAGUCGCGAGGCCUCUCAGGACCCCCAGGGCCUCCUGGGCCCCCUGGGCCCCCAGGGCCCCCUGGUGCCGAAAUCACCCAGGAGGCCCUUCUUCAGGAAUUUCAGGAGCUGCUGCAAGAGGCCACUGAGCGUAGGUUCUUGGGGUUGCUGGCCCCUCUGAUGCCUGAUGGGGCCGGCGGGCGUCUAGUCUCUGAGGCCUUCCACUGCCAGCUGAAGGGCCCUGUGUUGGUAGACAAGAAGACGCUGGUGGAGCUACAAGGUUUUCAGGUGCCUACAGCCCAGGGUGCCUUCCUGCGGGGCUCAGGCCUAAGCCUGGCCUCGGGGCGCUUCACAGCCCCUGUGUCCGCCAUCUUCCAGUUCUCGGCCAGCCUGCAUGUGGACCUCAGUGAGCUCAGGGGCAGGCCCCGGCUGCGGACACGGGACAUCAUCCGAGUGCUCAUCUGCAUUGAAUCCCUUUGUCAUCGCCACACGUCCUUGGAAGCUGUCUCAGGCCUGGAGAGCAAUAGCAAUGUCCUCACGGUUCAUGUGCAGGGACUGCUACAGCUGCAGGCUGGGCAGUCGGCCUCUGUCUUCGUGGACAAUAGCUCCAGUGCUACCCUCACCAUCCAGAGCGGCUCCAGCUUCUCAGGUCUGCUCUUGGGCCUGUGA